AUGGGCGGGACGCAGGAGAUCCACGACCAUUUCAAGAUUCCCCACAUCGCGUGCUACCGGAUCGGGCCUCCCGCCGAGCCUCUCACGGACGAGGAAUUGGGACAGAUCAUGGCGUGGACGCCGAAGAUGAAGGAGAUGGCCCAGCGGCAGAGCAUGAACUACCACAUGCCCAACACGUGUGCGGGCGACGACUACAUCGUUGUCGGCUUCCACGUCGAGGAUGCCGUCUACGCAGCGCCGUUCUUUGGCUACGGCCACGACAAGGAGCCGCAGGGGGGCUUGCGCUGGAAGUAUGCCCGUCACCUCGAGACGGAGUUCAUGGAGCAGGCGCCGGAUACUGUGCUCGUCUACGUCAAGGCCUCGGCAGAGGUGAUCGCCGAGCGAAUGGCUAAGAACCCACAUCCGUUCUCCAUCGUGCAGAAGAAGGACAUAGAACCGGUGCUCGCGGACUUCGAGACGGAAUACGAGCGGUCGGUCAUCCACAGCAAGGUCGUCAUCGACACGUCGGAUGCGACGGUCGAGGAGAGCGUCGAUGAGUUGAGGCUGUCGAUUCAGCCGCAUCUGACGAUCGAGGACCGGCGGAGGAUGGUCGUGCGGGGGACGGCGGGCUAG